UAGGAACAAAUGUAUAGUGUAUUUUAAUCAUCGCAGUGAAAUAUUAAUAAUAUGGCCAGAUGUAAACUAAUAACGUGGGUCGGGUUUACAUCGGGGAGACGCUUACCGACCUACAUGCGUGCUUCGAUGACAGUCACUCUUGUAUUGUUUUGGUAGCGGGAGAAAGGCGUCACAUUUGCUCACUUUCGGCUUCCGUUCACGCUUUGUAAGGAUUCAAAGUCAUGGAUGAACAGCAGUCGUCUCCCACGGCCAAUACGGAAAAUGCCAGCCAGAGAAACGGAGAUGAGCAAAGAAUUACAGAAUUGUGGCUUAUCAUCUCAGAAGACACGACGUGCCAACUGGACCAAGGGCAGGAAGAGGAAGAAGCCCAUGAAGGACAGGAAUGCGCCCAAAGCGCCUCUGACGGGCUACGUUCGCUUCAUGAACGACAGGCGCGAGCAGCUGAGGGCCGAGCGUCCGGACGUGCCCUUCCCGGAGAUCACCAGGAUGCUGGGCAACGAGUGGAGCAAGCUGCCGCCUGAGGAAAAACAGCGAUAUCUGGACGAAGCGGACCGCGACAAGGAGCGCUACAUGCGGGAGCUGGAGAAAUACCAGAAGACGGAGGCGUACAAGCAUUUCACCAGGAAGGUCCAAGAGAAGCAGAAGGGCAAGCGACAGAGAGGCGAUGUCGGGAACCCGGCGGCCAAUGAGUCUCUGCACGAGAAGGAAUCCGAGGGCAAGGACCGAACAGUGUUUGACAUCCCCAUUUUCACAGAGGAGUUCCUCAACCACAGCAAAGCUCGUGAGGCCGAGAUGCGACAGCUGCGCAAGACCAACAUGGAGUACGAGGAGCGCAACGCCGCGCUCCAGAAGCACGUGGAGAGCAUGCGCGGCGCCGUGGAGCGUCUGGAGGGAGACGUGAUGCAAGAGAGGGGGCGCAACGGUCUGCUCCACCAGCACCUGGACACCCUGCGACAGGCGCUCGCCGCCAGCUUUUCCUCUGUGCCUCUGCCAGGCAGCGGAGAGAUGCCCACACUGGACUCCAUCGACUCGUACAUGAAGAAGCUGCACAGCAUCAUCAUGAGCAACCCGCAGGAACACGACAGCCUCAUUAACACCGUGAGAGACCUGGUCAACCGUUUGGACAGAUAAUUGCUGCAUGUUCAAGUGGGAAGUUGGAGAGAACCACAUUGAUCGGCACAUUUAUCUCUCCGCCAAAGUGAUGAAGAUGAUGUAGCUCCUCAUAUUUAUUUCUCCUUUUUAUUUUAUUUUUUUAAUGUGUCACUUUAUGGAUCUGGCCUCAGUUCUGUCAGUGAAACACUUCAAUGUUGUGAACCGGUAAUGUGUUGCCAGAAGAGAAAGUGUGCAUGUUUGUAUUCUGACAAAAAAAUAAAUAUUACUUUGUGCUUCAUAUUUUGUAAUGCUCUGUUGUGCCAUUUAUUUUCUGUGCGUCUGUGUUUGUACAAAAAAACGGUUGUGUUUUCAAUAAACAUUUUUAAAAA